AUGGAUUGUGAUGCCGAAUUCAAUGCAUUAGUUUCCAUGUAUCAAAGUGUUGUACAUGACAUGAAGUUGACAUAUCCAGCGUGGGAAAAUGUCGCUCAAAAAGCCCUCAAACUUGCGUCACAAAUGAAAUCGACGUUGGUUUGUAUGAAUGCUUUCAUUGAUGCUAUACAAACUGUUGGUGAUAUUGCCAAUAAUUUAAAAGGUGCCACUCGAGAUAUUGGUGCAUGUCUCACACGUGUUUGCAUGCGACAGCGAUCCAUCGAAAAUCGCCUACGUGCUUUUGUAGACUCGCUAACCGAUGAAUUGGCCACGACCUUGCAGAACAAGGGUACGCAUUGGAAACAACGAACCAUGGAAAUGGAUCGACAUGCGAACAAAUUUUGUCGAAAGAUUCGUUCACGUAAAGGUGGCAUAGAUUUAAGUGCUGUGAAUGAGCAGCGUCGUAUCUCUCAAGCCUUGCUGACCGAACAGCGAAAUCAAAUGUCAUUUUUUGUCUCAGCUUUACUUCCUGUUCUUAAUACUGAGUUGGGUCUUUUAGACGAAAGCGGUCAUCUUCGUCAAGUAACAGAUCAUUUGCAUGUUACGGUUCGGUCUGGCAAGUCCACAACAAUCAUUGACACUAUUUUAAAUGAUAUACAUCAAGGAUCAGAUAAUUCGUGGCGUAGCUGUUUGUCCAAUAAUGCUAGUCGAUCCUUUUGCAUCUAUAAUGACGAUGACAUCUCAAUUAGAGCGCCAUCGCCAACUCCCAGCACAUGCACAUGGCCAACUGCUGUGGUUGGUUUUGCAUCCAAUGCAAGUUCAUCAUCAAUACGGGCCCAUACAAUAUCGGUAGUAGAACAGCCACGACGUACUUUACUUAAUUCUCGAACCUAUGCGCCUCCAUCUGCAUCACAACCAUUAGAAUUUGUACUGGAAAAACCUCCUUUACCAAAAAGAAUAAUUUCUUCCUCCAAUUCCACUAUUUCUGCUGUUCCAGAUUUUCAUGGAUCAUCUGUUGGAGUUGAUAAGACCCCUCAUCAUAAAGGAACUCUUCUGUCAUCUUCAUCAGCUGAUGUAUCAGAAGAAUCAGUUUUGAAGCGACCAGCAAGGCCAUUAAGUUUUGCAUAUGAAGAUGUAGGACAUCCAAAUGAGACAUCUACUAUAACUCGUAAUGGAUAUAUGAGUAACGGCUCUUGUACAGGAGAUGAUGUAAAUGAUAAAGCAAAAGCGAAUGCCUCACUGAUUGCUGAAACUAUUGAGCAGAUCGACAAACUUGGCUCGGAACUUGAUUCCUAUUGUAACGCAGCGCCUGUUUCUGUGACACAGCAAACGAUUCGCAUUCGUUCGGGUAGCUGUAAACCUCCCCCACCUCCAGAACGUCGCAAUUCAACAAUUACCGCAGCAACACCAACAGCUCCAUCAGUUGCCGAGAUACGGGCCGCUGGUGGCACCGCAGGUUCGUCUGAUUAUGCAUCAUCAAUUGCUUCAUCUGGUGAAUUUAGUCGUGACCAGUUCUCGAUGCGAUAUAUUUAA